ACCAAUGAAGAUUAAAGAGGGAAGCAUGCGAGCCGUGUGGUCUGAGGAUGCAUGGUUGCAAAAAUAUGCACUUAAGUCUGCGGAUCCUUUAGUGCCAUUUGAAUCAGACGAAGAAGGAGGAGAGACGAAUCAGAGAGAAGAAAUGGAUACUUCUGUGGAUCAGUAA